AAAAUGAGGAGUGAAAGAAAAGAGGGAAGGAUUGGAGCAUUAUUCGGAAAGCCUGCUAAGUUCAGGAGCGCACACACUGUGUGAGGCAGCUGGGAGAUAUCACUGACUACCAAUUGUGUUGGCACUGCCACCUAGCCUUUCACAUUUCUAUUCCAUAUUGACUACAGAUUGUUGCUUUUACCACUUUAAAGGGCCCUGGCAACGAUAAGACAGCAUCCCCUUGUUGGCUCCUGGGGGAGGAUCACGAUUAGGGCUGAGGCAGCAGGGACCAGUGCGUACAAGAUGAAAGAAGAAGGAACAUGCCCUGACUCCCCUGAAGACAGCCUGGUAACCAGUGAAGAAGAGGCUGAGCGCCAACAGAGGAAGGCCAUACGUAAGCGCACAGUGUUGGUAGGCAAAGCUGAUGAUGUGAGGGUGCCCCUUUCACCUACAUGCAAGCGUAACAAAAAGAGCCCCCAAUUAGACACGUUUGAGGAUGUACACACGCAAAGAAUCAUUGCCAACGUGAGAGAGCGGCAGCGCACACAGUCCCUAAACGAUGCUUUUGCAGAGCUCAGAAAGAUCAUUCCUACACUGCCAUCUGACAAGCUGAGCAAAAUACAGACCCUGAAGCUGGCUUCUCGCUAUAUUGAUUUCCUGUACCAGGUCUUGCAGAGCGAUGAGUUAGACCACAAGAUUGCCAGUUGUAACUACCUUGCCCAUGAAAGACUCAGCUACGCCUUCUCUGUGUGGAGAAUGGAAGGUGCCUGGUCCAUGUCUACAUCCCACUGAACCCACCAUUGAUGCCUCUCUUGUCUGCUGUUAUAGAAGGUAUGCCAAUAGUGACCAUCAAAAGAUCUACCAGAUAAGGUCCUCUGUACCACUUGAUGGCUUCAACAUGCAACCUAUUUUGAACAGUGCAAGAGCUGUGCAGUAGAUAUGUGAAUGAACACUUCAACUAGUCAUCUGGGAUAAUGGUUCUGGAAGAUCUACACUAGAAGAGGAUUUGUGACAUCUAAUAUCUGUCACGUUCCAGCUGGAAAAUGCAUGGUGCACAAGACUUUUUCACUCCACGAAUGUAAAAGUCAAUAGUGGACAUAAAACCACUUGUAAAGAAACCCUGUGGAAGUUAUUUAUUCAGGAAAAAAAAAAAUGAAAUGGAUCCAAAUGGAGCCUUCACUUCUAUGUAAAGUUUGCAAAACCCAAAAUGCCUUUUUUUUUAUUUUAUUUUUUAGCUUUGGAAGGAUCUCAUGAAGGGAACAGCUAUCUGGAACUCUAAUGAUUUCUCAUCCAGUCCUUCAAAGACCUGAGAGCUCUUGCAUUGCAUUUAUGGAUGGCUUCCUUGCAUACAUCAUAUCAUAUUAAAAGAGGGUGAUGAUUAUAUUCUAGGCCAAGCUUCAGAGCAGAGAAGAGUUCUAAUAAAUUCUCCAAAGAGCAGAGCCGCCUGUUUUUUAUUUAAGAAAAUACUUUUUUUUUAUUUCCUUGCUUAUUGUAACAUGCAAAAUGAGAAACAGCUAAAAUAUUCCCUUGAACAUAAACAUUGAUCCAAAUCAGCCAUGAAAUUAGCAAUAUAUGGUAGUGCUAUGGGUUACGGCACCGUCUUGCUGAGUGUUUUAUAGUGGGAGAUGGAAAUAGGUGUUUAUCUAAUAUUAUAUCUUAGGAAUGUAAUAGCACGGCACAUAAAGGACACCCUGAAGAGUAUAUCUGCCGGUGGCUGAAUAAAACCUUUAGCAUUGUCUAUGCAUGAGUCCUCAGUGUUUGAAUACAGUGAUCCCUCAAGAUACAAAGGCCUCAGGAUACAAUAUUUUCAACAUACAAUGGUCUUUUCUGACCAAUCGUAAGUUGAAACCAGACUCAACAUACAAUGCCUGAUUUAGACCCAACCAA